AAUCUUCACAUGUUGACAGAUCUGCAUUUACUGAUAAUAGUGAACUCAAUAUUGAAUCAUUGAUUGAGAACUUGAAGAACAUAAUAAUGAAGGAAUUGCUUAUAUUAUAUGUGACUGAGUCUUUCAUAUUCUCUUCUGCUCUCUCUGUUCCUUUCUCUAUCACUUCUUCUUCUCAAUCUUCUACAUCUGCCUCUGUGUCUGAUUCUCCCGCUCCUGCUACCUCUGUCUCUGUGUCUGAUUCUCUCACUUCUGCUAUCUCUGCUUCUUCUGGUUCUACUGUCUCUGCUUUCAUUAUCAGCUCUCCUCAUUUCAAGAAGAUAUUGUAUAGACUUAAUAAAUCAUGUUUCUCAAGAAUUACUCUCUCUCUCAACAGUAUAAAAGAUAUCUGUGUUUUCAGAAAUAGAAAUACAGAUGUUGUACUCUUUUACAUUUAUAGAUAUAAGACUUAUAUAUCUUAUCUGAGAU